UCCUACAAGAGACCUCGUCCCCCACCCCCUCCAAACAACUUGGUUUCCUUCCAGUCGGGGUCUGGGGUGGACUCCCACCUCGCCUCGCUAACCGCUCCCUCCUUUCCCCCUUCCUAAGAAAAUCGAUCUUGGCUUUGUGUCUUAUGUUCGCCACCCCCAUUUCCCCGGAGAGCGCUGGGUUUGUUUAUCUCUUUAUUUAUUCCGGAGGCCGAGGCGUCCGGGACUUGUGGCUGCUCAGACCCCGGACGGAUAGGCGAAGACCAGAGAAAUUAACCUCCCUUGCCGCUACCCCCCAGUCCAGCGUGACAGCGCGCGGGCCGGUUGCGUGACUCGUGACGUCUCCAAGUCCUAUAGGUGCAGCGGCUGGUGAGAUAGUCGGUAUCGCCUGGUUGCCUCUUUAUUUUAUUGGGGUAUGCCUGGUAAUAAACAGUAAUAUUUAAUUUGUUGGAGACCGCAAACCAACUUCGAGCUGGGAGGCGCUCCUCUUGACAGAGGCUAAAAGGGGAGCCUGGCCUAAAAGGGGUCUCUUUUGGGGUUCCUUUCCAAAGUCUUCACCUGAACCCUCCUCCCCAGCCAAGCGCAUUCCUGGCUUUUACACUGGAAAGAAGAGGUGGGAUUUUUGGAGAGCAGAACCUGGCGCGGGCGCAGGGCCCCGGGUGCACCAUGGCUGACGCAGACGAGGGCUUUGGCCUGGCGCACACGCCUCUGGAGCCAGACUCAAAAGACCUGCCCUGCGACUCAAAACCAGAGAGCACGCUAGGGGCCCCCAGCAAGUCCCCGUCGUCCCCGCAGGCUGCCUUCACCCAGCAGGGCAUGGAAGGAAUCAAGGUGUUUCUCCAUGAAAGAGAACUGUGGCUGAAAUUCCAUGAAGUGGGCACGGAGAUGAUCAUCACCAAGGCUGGAAGGCGGAUGUUUCCCAGUUACAAAGUGAAGGUGACUGGCCUUAAUCCCAAAACGAAGUACAUUCUCCUCAUGGACAUUGUUCCUGCCGACGACCACAGAUACAAGUUCGCAGAUAAUAAAUGGUCUGUGACCGGCAAAGCCGAGCCAGCCAUGCCCGGCCGCCUCUACGUGCACCCGGACUCCCCAGCCACCGGGGCGCACUGGAUGCGGCAGCUCGUCUCCUUCCAGAAACUCAAGCUCACCAACAACCACCUGGACCCAUUUGGGCAUAUUAUUCUAAAUUCCAUGCACAAAUACCAGCCCAGAUUACACAUAGUGAAAGCGGAUGAAAAUAAUGGAUUUGGCUCAAAAAAUACGGCGUUCUGCACCCACGUCUUUCCUGAGACAGCGUUUAUUGCCGUCACUUCCUACCAGAACCACAAGAUCACGCAAUUAAAGAUCGAGAAUAAUCCCUUCGCCAAAGGAUUCCGGGGCAGCGAUGACAUGGAGCUGCACAGAAUGUCAAGAAUGCAAAGUAAAGAAUAUCCCGUGGUUCCCAGGAGCACAGUGAGGCAGAAAGUGGCCUCCAACCACAGUCCUUUCAGCAGUGAGUCUCGCGCUCUCUCCGCCUCGUCCAAUUUGGGGUCCCAGUACCAGUGUGAGAAUGGCGUCUCGGGCCCCUCCCAGGACCUGCUACCCCCACCCAACCCGUACCCCCUGCCCCAGGAGCACGGCCAGAUUUACCAUUGCACCAAGAGGAAAGAUGAAGAAUGUUCCACCACCGACCAUCCCUACAAGAAGCCCUACAUGGAGACAUCGCCCAGUGAAGAGGAUUCCUUCUACCGCUCCAGCUACCCCCAGCAGCAGGGCCUGAGCGCCUCCUACAGGACAGAGUCGGCACAGCGGCAGGCCUGCAUGUAUGCCAGUUCCGCGCCCCCCAGCGAGCCGCCGGUGCCCAGCCUGGAGGACAUCAGCUGCAACACGUGGCCCAGCAUGCCUUCCUACAGCAACUGCACGGUCACCACCGUGCAGCCCAUGGACAGGCUGCCCUACCAGCACUUCUCUGCUCACUUCACCUCGGGGCCCCUGGUCCCCCGGCUGGCUGGCAUGGCCAACCACGGCUCCCCGCAGCUCGGAGAGGGGAUGUUCCAGCACCAGACCCCCGUGGCCCACCAGCCUGUGGUCAGGCAGUGUGGGCCUCAGACUGGCCUCCAGUCCCCCGGCACCCUCCAGCCCCCCGAAUUCCUCUACUCUCACAGCGUGCCCAGGACCCUGUCCCCACACCAGUACCACUCUGUGCACGGGGUCGGCAUGGUGCCAGAGUGGAGCGAGAACAGUUAGAGUGACAUCUGCUUCACAACAGACAUUUGCGAGAGAGAGAGAGAGAGAGAGAGGACAGAGAGAGAGAGAGAGAGAGAGAAGGAGAGAGACAGCAGAAAAGAGAACCCCACAGACAAGAGUUUUCAUUUCCCCCAAGGUUCACGUCUGCACUCGAGGCUGCGGGACACUGAUCUAAUCAGUACCUUGAAACCACAAUUCAAAAAAUGUGACUUUGGCAUUUCGUCUCAAAACUCAAAAAAAAACCAAAAAAACCAAACAUAUAAGAAGAGUCCCACCCUCCACCACCACCACCCUCAUCAACCGACCACAUCCCCACCACCUCCAGAUGUCCUCCCAGAUUCCCUCUUUUUGGGCUCUAGAAAGUCUUGCCUCAUCGAGUGUUUUAUCCCAGCGUGUAGCUGGAGUCUUUCCCUGUCUUGGUGUUAAUGUUGACAUUGUUAUAUAGUAAAUAAUAAUAUAUAUAUUUUUUUCUUUCAAUUUUCUUAACGGGACCCAGUCCCUUAUUAGGGGGGAAGUCCGGCGAGAGUAUGUUUCAAAAUAUGUGCUUGCAGGAUUCCCCUCCGACAAACCGUCCCUCAAACCUAAAUUCACCACCCUCCCCUGGAAUAAGGAAAGUACCUACCUCUGCCAUGUGAUGUUUCUGAAAAGCCUCCCUGAGUCCCAGUUUUCUUUGCUGUUUGCCCUGCCUGUCCCAGCACCACACUACUCGGUUUUGCCUCUACUUACCAAUGGAGUCAGAAUAACGUCGACCCCUAGCUGGCAUCGUAUCUCACUCCGCCCUACGGUCUUCCCAGCUCCACCACGUCUUUCCAGCUUCCUGUCGCUAAAACGUGGCCUGUAGCUUCCCGUCCAGAAGGCUUGCUUUGCAAAAACUUAAAAAGCCCUGGUUUACAUGCAGGCAGAACUGUGAUAAGCAGGGUAUGAGCUCUAUGCUGAUAAGAGUUGUGGGGGGAAAAAAAAGCGCCAAAAUAAAUAUUCUUCCUGAUUAAAAAAAAAAACAACAACAAGACAAACAACAACAACAAAAUAAAACCAAGCCAGUCCCAAGCUUCCAAACCUCCAUCGCCGACGACCCAAGUGGGAUGCCAAGCAAAAUCCGCAAUUUUCAAAGAAGAGGCAAGACGUGCUCGCCGAAUAUUUCUCUGCAAAGAGAUCACGCCAACACCAAAUGCCAACACAAAACUGUGUUUAUUGAAAGCAGAAAAACAGUAUUAAAAAAAAAGUGUGUAAGUAAAGUGUUAUGGUAGGGUUCUUCAGAUGUAAUAUUUUACUGGUACUAUUUAUUUAUAAAUAGGAAUUCUAAUUAAGUAAUAACAUGGAAUGAAACCCAGCAUGGGAGCUGGCCAAGAGCUUUUAAUUUUAUUGGUACUCAAAACCAAGUUUGUGAUUUUUUUUUUCUUUCGAAUGUGCUUUGCUUUUUCGAUUAAAAGUAAUUUUUUUUUUUUUAAAACAGACCCUAAUAAAGAGAACAGGGUAAGAUGUGAGGCUGAGUAUGUCCAAGUACGUGAGAGAGUGUGAGUAUGUUUGUACGUGAGUGUCCUCAAGUGAUUAUGUCUUUUUAUGUUGAUUAAGGGGGGGAGGGUGAGAAUUAAGUACUCGUGCCUUAUAUUUUUGUGCCAAUUAAUGCCUAAUAAAUACCAUGUGCUUAAAAAAGUA